AUAAACAUAGAAAGUCCUAUAUGAAUUAAACACAUUUUCGAAAUCAUUUUGGAAAGAUUUAGUAGGGUCGGGUCGGGUCGGGUCGAUCCAGCUCAUACUUUGGGCAGUGGAGCAAUCAGAACAAAUAUAGAUUUCAAUUUGAACAAAUUGCUCCUCUGUUUUUCAAUUCCUUUUGCAGCCAUGGACAAGGUUCAAGAGAUAGUGGAAAAGCAAGUGUUGACGGUAGCUAAAGCCGUGGAAGACAAACUUGAUGAAGAGAUAUCAGCGUUAGAUCGUCUAGAUAUUGAUGAUAUUGAGGUAUUGAGAGAGCGCAGAUUGCAACAGAUGAAGAAAAUGGCUGAGAAAAAAAGUCGAUGGAUCUCUCUUGGACACGGCGAAUACUCUGAGAUCCCUAACGAAAAGGAUUUCUUCGCUAUCGUUAAAGCUAGUGAACGCGUUGUCUGCCAUUUCUACCGUGAUAAUUGGCCUUGCAAGGUGAUGGACAAGCAUUUGAGCAUACUGGCAAAACAGCAUAUCGAAACACGUUUUUUGAAAAUUAAUGCAGAGAAAAGCCCAUACUUGGCUGAGAAGCUCAGAAUUGUUGUUCUACCAACCCUCGCCCUCAUAAAAAAUGCUAAAGUGGAUGACUAUGUGGUUGGAUUUGAUGAGUUAGGGGGCACCGAUGAGUUUAGCACCGAGGAACUUGAAGAGAGGUUAGCUAAAGCUGAAGUUAUCAUUUUUGAGGGUGAAUCAUCAAGAAUUUUGUCAAAAUCCAAAGCUCAGUCGAAGAAGAGUGUCAGGCAAAGUUCAAAUCCUGACUCGUCGGACUCUGAGUAAAUGUAGAAUAUAGCACACUAGCUUGUUUAUGUAUGGUAUUCCUUUUGAAUAUUACAAUAUAGCUAGUUGUGGAACGAAUACGUUCUCAUCCAAAAAAAGAGAGGUGGUCAUGAAAUUCACCUACCGCGAAGAAUUGAAAUAUGUUUGUUCUAUUUCCGUAACCUAUUGUUUAGUUCCUCUUUCGGAACAUUGUAUUUGUUCGUUAUUGAUAUGAAUGUCGAUGAAUUCUUCAGUGAUUA